CGGGUGCUUCUGUUCUCUGCUCCUUCCUUCCCUGCGCUUUCCACCGGGGAGACCGCCGAAGAAACUCCCGAAUCCGGGGCCUAAGUCAGCAUUUGGCACCGGGCCACCGAGGCACUGUUUCCCCCGCACCUCCGGCCGCACAUGACGCGGGUUCCGCCGAUGGUGGUGCGCGGAGCCGACCGCCCCCCGUCGCUGCGACAUCCCCUCCGAGCUAAAGCAGUGUCGUUGGCUAAUGUUAGCUAACAGCAUCGAUUCUCUGCGCCGCUCCACCCCCAUCUGCCUCCGGUCGACCCCGCCACUGAUCUGUCACAUCGACCGUUGAUUGAUUAGCUAGCCGUGAACCAUCGAGGGCAUCCCGCCUACCGCCGUUCAUCUGGUCCCGGAACCUGGCCUGGGUCCUUUCGGAAAAGAGACGAACGAUUUACGUUCGGUAGCCUUUUUCUCCCCGAUCCCCUUUUUUCCUCCUGUCUACCUCAACACUCCCGAUGCCUCCCUGUCACCACCCUCGACUGCCCCUCUGAGAUCCACCGGCUUCUUUGCUUCUAAUAAUCCGUCGAAGGAGCUCUGCCCGACGGGCACUGUGCCUGCGUGCAUCUGCAGCGGAUCUCUCUCUUUUUUUUUUUUUUUAAUCGUCUCCGUUUUUAAAAGCCUGCUUCUUUUCUCCGGUUUGUUUCACUUCCCACCCACACACAGCUGCUCAUCCUUAUCUGUUUUCAACCCUUCCUCGAGUUGGCCAUCCGCACUCCCCGGCAGAUCUCCGUGACGCCCGGGCUGCGGCGUCCGAGCCGCGGGUCAAGCCAUGCCGGGUCCGGUGGCCGGUAGCAAAGCCCGUGUGUACGCGGACGUCAACACACUGAAGAGCCGGGAGUACUGGGACUACGAGGCCCACGUUCCUAACUGGAACAACCAGGAGGACUACCAGCUGGUCCGUAAGCUGGGCAGAGGGAAGUACAGUGAGGUGUUCGAGGCCAUCAACAUCACCAACAAUGAGAAAGUGGUGGUCAAAAUCCUGAAGUCCAGAACUCCAGCGCUCGUCUUUGAAUGCAUCAAUAACACAGACUUUAAGGAGUUGUACCAGAAGCUGACAGAUUAUGACAUCCGUUUCUACAUGUAUGAACUGCUGAAGGCUCUGGACUACUGUCACAGCAUGGGCAUCAUGCACCGUGACGUUAAACCUCACAAUGUGAUGAUCGACCACCAGUUAAGAAAGCUGCGUCUUAUAGACUGGGGUUUGGCUGAGUUCUACCACCCGUCCCAAGAGUACAACGUCCGAGUGGCCUCGCGUUACUUCAAAGGCCCCGAGCUGCUGGUGGACUACCAGAUGUAUGACUACAGUCUGGACAUGUGGAGUUUGGGCUGCAUGCUGGCCAGUAUGAUCUUUCAGAAAGAACCGUUUUUCCACGGACAAGACAACUACGACCAGCUGGUGCGAAUAGCCAAAGUUCUGGGGACGGACGAGCUGUUUGGAUACCUGCGUAAAUACCACAUCGAACUGGACCCCCGCUUCAAAGACCUACUGGGACAGCAGAGCAGGAAACGCUGGGAACAGUUUGUUCAGACGGAAAACCAGCACUUAGUAAGCCCUGAAGCUCUGGAUCUGUUGGAUAAGCUGCUACGCUACGACCACCAGCAGAGGCUGACAGCCACCGAGGCCAUGGAGCACCCCUACUUCUACCCUGUAGUAAAAGAACAGACUCUGUCAAACUCUGACAACAACAUGGUUUCCAGUGGCAACACUACAGCACGAUGAAAGAUGUGGAAGGAAGAAGGAUGUUUGUUACCUCAACUUUGUACCUGCUUGUGUCAGAAACUUUGUUACAGCGACAGUCGAUCAAAAGACCAGUCUCCCCGUACACACACACACACACACAAUCAGAGCACACACACACUCCUCUGUGUCAGUCUGUGAUUGGCUUGUCCUGGUUUCCAGUCUGACCAGUGAGCUUGAAGCUGCCCCCUCCCCCCAUCCCCUCCUCCCUCCUUGACUGGUGUCUGACCCACCCCCUCCCUCCCUCCCUCCCUAGUCUGGUCUCAUGUAGGUCAACAAAGACUUUUAAAGACAACUCAGUUUUCCCUUUUUAUAUUUUGUCCUCUUUUGAUUGCAUCAGCAUGGAGAAUGAACAGGAGUGUGAGCCUGUAGCCAAACCCCCACCCCAGAUCUGACUAUCCCACCCGUCUUUCUACGUCCCCCCCCCAACAGAUGACAGGCGUCUCAGCACUAUGGAUCUGAUGGCAUGGUGGACUCUCAACAUAUAAUGAUAAAUAUUCUAAUAUUAAUGACAAAUAAAUGAUUUUUAUUUAGAUCAA